AUGUCGACAUCCACUGUAGAAACUGGAUAUGGUGGUCGCAUCAGAGUGACAGUGGCUAGAAAUGACAGAGACAUUACCAGUGAAGUGAGAACAUUUCUGUGUAAUAAAGAAAACGCGAACAAAAUCAUCGGUCUGGAUACAGAACGAUCGGUUGUAGGAGGCGAUAGCGAAUACCCACCGGAGAGCAAGCUCGUGAUUCUCGAGCUCAGUGAUGGCCAGAAUUGCCUAAUAAUCCCGCUUCCUUAUGUACAAGGUAAUAAGCUGCCCGUUUCUCUCACCAAUUUCCUCAAUCUUCCAGAUUUCACCUUUACAGGUGUUGGUAUAAACAAGGCUUUGAAAAUGCUCAAGAGCGAGUGUGGUUUGACCUGCAAGAAUGCCGUUGAUAUCGGACCUUCGUCCCCUAUCUAUGAAGAUUGGGACAAUGACAGUCUUACCGAGGAUCAGAUCAAUCUUGCAGCAGCGAAUGCUUACUUGGCUUUCAAAGUUGGGAAUUUGAUUAGAGAAGCUAUGUAUUGA